CGACAGACUCAGCAAAAAGGUAGCAGCCCCCGGCGAGGAUCGAACUCGCGACCUUUCCCUUACGAAGGGAACGCACUACCACUAUGCUACGGAGGCAUUUUGGUAAUGAAAAGACUUAAUAUUUAAACAGCAUGAUUACUGUAAAACCCUACUUCACCACCCCGUAAGAGUUAGCGAAGAAAGAGAGAGAUGUGUGGAAUAGCUCUGAUUGCCUCCGGGAUACGUCUCCAUUGUUCGUCCUUGUUUUCCGACUUUAUCAUUUCAUCUGAUGAGGCUGAUCAAUUACUAUUCACCAUUGAUGAUAUCAAAACUGCACUGAAGAGAAGAGGUCCUGAUAGCUUGGGAAGCAAAGAGUUUUCAUUUCAUCUGAAGGAUUUUACUUCUCUUGAGGGAGAGGAUCGCCUGGCUCUUGUACAGUCAGGAGAGUCAGAUAAUAAGUUGGACAAUGGUUUUGAUAGGCCUAAAGCUAUUGCAGAAUUUUGCUUUGUUGGUGCCACUUUGCAACUUAGAGGUGUAAACCCUGUUACUCAGCCACUCACCGAUGCAGACGAGAAUAUCCUUGUUUACAAUGGUGAAAUAUUUGGAGGGAUAUAUGUUGGAGAUGCUGAAAAUGAUACAGAAAUUCUUAUGCAAUCCCUUGCAAAGUGCUGUUCUUGUACAAGUGAGGAACAUACAAAAUUAUGUCUCGAUACUAAGAAGGGAAAGUGUUCUGUUCCUGAGUGUCUUUCAACCAUCAAGGGGCCUUGGGCUAUUAUCUAUUGGCAGGCUGGUUCAAGAAUCCUCUGGUUUGGUAGAGAUGCAUUUGGGAGGCGAAGCCUUCUUGUCAAAUGGCCAACUUCCCAGGACAUGCGAUUUAUUUUGUCUUCUGUAUCCCCUGCUAGCCAUAAUGAUUUCACAGAAAGUGGACUAGGAGAAUUAACUUUAUGGGAAGAGCUUCCUUGUGGGAUAUACAGUGCACAUAUCAGUGCUCCAAAUGAUGGUGAAUUUGUGGACGGGGAAGUUAUAAAACAUGAAUGGCCGAAUCCCCUGUUAAAUGAUCUGCUCAAAUGGGAUAGAAAGUGUGUUCAACCUAGUCCUGAUGAGCUGUCUGCUAGCAGAAUCAGGAAACAAUGCAUGCUUUCAGCCCAUUCGACCACAAUUGCCUCUGAUGAAGGGUGUAUACAAGCAUCGGUUGUAAUGCCUGCAGAGACAGUUCUGUUGGCUCUAAAAGCAGCAGUGAUGCGACGCAGUGCAAUAAACGUUAUCUCUAAGGGAAAAUGUGAUAUAAAUGGGAGAAAUGCUCCAGUGGCUGUGCUCUUUUCUGGUGGAUUGGAUUCAAUGAUACUAGCUGCAUUACUGGAUCAGUGCAUAGAAAAGAAAUAUGAUAUUGAUCUUCUUAAUGUGAGUUUUGAUAAUGAGUCUGCUCCGGAUAGAAUUUCUGCUCGAGCUGGAUUAAAGGAACUUAGGAAAAUCUCGCCUUUGAGAAGGUGGAAGCUUGUGGAGAUUGAUGGAAAGUUAUCAACACUCAGUCUGGAGUCAAAGCAUGUCAUGUCUCUUAUAAAUCCUUCAAAAACCUACAUGGAUCUGAACAUUGGCUUAGCCUUAUGGUUGGCAGCUGGUGGAAAUGGUUGGCUAUGUGAAGGAGGAUCAAGCAUCGAUGCUGCUGCUUGUAUUGAUGAGGAUGAUAGGAAUUGUGGCCGAAUCAGCUACAAGUCCCAGGCUAGGGUUCUCCUAGUUGGAGCUGGUGCAGAUGAACAAUGUGCUGGCUAUGGGAGGCACAGGACAAAAUAUAGAACUGGGAGUUGGGUUGGGCUCCAUGAGGAAAUGAAGCUAGAUGUGCAGAGGAUUUGGAAGAGAAAUCUAGGGAGAGAUGAUCGAUGUAUAGCUGAUAAUGGAAAGGAGGCAAGAUUUCCGUUUCUGGAUGAGGAGGUUAUAAGUACUCUGCUCAAUAUUCCUCUAUGGGAGAUUGCAGACCUUGAUCUACCUAGUGGAAGGGGAGAUAAGAAGAUUUUGAGACAUGUUGCAGAAUUGCUUGGUAUACAUGAAGCAGCUGUAUUGCCUAAAAGAGCAAUUCAGUUUGGGUCAAGAAUUGCUAGGGAGUCGAACGUCAAGAAUUUUGGAAGCAAUCGUGCAGCCAAUCAAGCAUCUGCUGGAAGUGUGGAGAUUCCGAUUCCCAAAUGAGUUGAUCACCACUAGUCUCCUACUUCCAACUUGGGGCUAAUUUUCAAGAAAAAUGAAACCUCAAUCAAGAUUCUUUUAUUUAUGUCAUGCAUAGUUUUUUGUCAUGACUCAUGAGCUUAUAUGCUAAAAAGACAUAAUUGGUCAUGUUGUUGAAAGAGGCGUCUUGAAGUUUGUUUUAUUUAUUUGAACUAUUAGAAACUUUUUAGCCAGAUUCAAAUACAGUUAUUCCC